UCCUUCCGGUUGAACUGUGUACGCGCACUCUGGUACAAAACUGUGUCGCUGGUGUUGUGGUGACAGGUCCGAAGUGGAAGAAUGUCGUCUGACACAGGCAUUCAGAUCCCUGGUCGCUUACCUCUACUUUUGACAAACGAAAAUGUGCUUCUGCCAGGGUCAAGCAUGCGGAUAACCGUGGACUCUCCGCGAAACAUGAAGCUUGUGAAAGCACGUUUAUUACGGGGAACCUCGCUGAAGAGCACAAUAAUCGGAGUCCUGCCGAACACUCGUGACCCUGACAGUGAAGAGGAUGAGCUGCCCACUUUACACAGGAUUGGCACAGCAGGCAUUAGUGUGCAGGUUGUUGGCAGCAACUGGCCAAAGUCGCACUUUACUCUGCUGGUCACAGGACUUUGCCGUUUCCGUACUGUGACGAUAGUGAAGGAGCGUCCUUUUGUGGUGGCAGAAGUGGAGCAGCUAGAUCAGCUGGAGCAGUACACUGGCCAGGCAUCACUAAAGGGAGAGCUGGGACAGCUGUCGGAGGAGCUCCUUAAAUACGCUGCACAGCUUGUAGGGAUGCUGGACAUGUCUGUCCCAGUAGUUGCCAAACUGCGCCGCCUCCUGGACAGCAUGCCAGUGGAGACCUUGCCAGACAUCCUGACCUCAAUGAUCCGCACAACCAAUAAGGAGAAGUUACAGAUUCUGGAUGCAGUGGAACUGGAGGAACGAUUCAAGAUGGCAAUUCCACUCUUGAUCCGACAAAUUGAAGGAUUGAAACUCAUCCAGAAAACCAGGAAGCCUCGUCAUGAAGACCAGAAGAAGGUCGUGGCGGUCCUUCCUGUGCGCAAGGGUGGACAACACCCUUUCAAGCAAUUUUCUUUGGAUGAUUCUGUGGAGGAGGGUGAGGAAGACAGCAAUGACAUCGCCAUGCUUGAAAAGAAAAUCAGAAGUGUCCACAUGCCAGAGCAAGCACUGAAAGUCUGUCUGAAGGAAGUGAAAAGACUGAGGAAGAUGCCCCAGUCCAUGCCAGAGUUUGCUCUGACCAGAAACUACCUGGAGCUGAUGGUUGAGUUACCUUGGGACAGGAGCAGCAAAGAUUGCCUGGACAUCAGUUCAGCUCGCAUCUUGCUGGACAAUGACCACUAUGCCUUAGAUAAGCUGAAAAAGCGUGUUCUUGAGUACCUGGCGGUACGGCAGCUGAAAAACAAUCUUAAAGGGCCAAUCCUGUGCUUUGUGGGCCCACCUGGAGUGGGAAAGACCAGUGUUGGACGGUCCAUUGCCAAGACCCUUGGCAGAGAGUUCCACAGAAUUGCUCUUGGAGGAGUUUGUGACCAAUCUGACAUUCGAGGUCAUAGGCGCACCUAUGUGGGCAGCAUGCCAGGCCGGAUUAUAAAUGGUUUGAAGACCGUGGGAGUCAACAACCCAGUUUUUCUUCUGGAUGAGGUGGACAAACUUGGGAAAAGUCUUCAAGGGGACCCUUCUGCAGCUUUGCUGGAGGUUCUGGACCCAGAACAAAACCACAGUUUUACUGACCACUACCUGAAUGUGGCAUUUGACCUAUCCCAAGUGCUGUUUAUUGCUACAGCAAAUACUACAGCUACAAUCCCACCAGCCUUAUUGGACAGAAUGGAGGUCAUCCAAGUGCCAGGCUACACUCCAGAAGAGAAGAUGGAGAUUGCCCAUCGACACUUAAUACCUAAGCAGCUAGAACAGCAUGGCCUGAGCCCACUGCAGGUCCAAAUUCCCCAAGAAGCUACCACUGAGAUCAUCAGUAGGUACACACGUGAGGCAGGGGUACGCACACUAGAAAGGAAGUUUGGUGCAAUCUGCCGGGCUGUUGCAGUGAAAGUGGCUGAGGGACAAAAGGCAGCAAAGACACCAGCUGAUGAUUCGUCAGAUCAUGACCUAGUACUACCACCUGAGAUGCCCAUUGUGAUAGACAAACAAGCUGUUCGUGACAUUCUGGGCCCACCAAUUUUUGAAAUGGAGAUGUCUGAGCGACUCAACCAGCCUGGUGUUGCUGUUGGACUAGCCUGGACACCUCUUGGUGGGGAAAUUAUGUUUGUAGAAGCAAGUCGAAUGGAAGGAGAAGGUCAGUUAACACUGACAGGACAGCUGGGUGAUGUGAUGAAGGAGUCGGCCCAUCUGGCCAUCAGCUGGUUGCGGAGCAAUGCUAAAGCUUACCAACUGACCAACGCUUCAGGUGGUUUUGACCUCCUUGACAACACUGAUAUCCACCUCCACUUUCCUGCUGGUGCAGUAACCAAAGAUGGCCCUUCAGCAGGGGUCACGAUUGUGACAUGCCUGGCUUCACUGUUCAGCGGCCGUUUGGUGAGAUCAGAUGUAGCAAUGACUGGGGAGAUAACUCUACGUGGCCUGGUACUUCCUGUGGGAGGAAUUAAAGACAAGGUGCUUGCGGCCCACAGAGCAGGAAUAAAACAAGUUAUCAUCCCUAAAAGAAACGAGAAGGACUUGGAGGAGAUCCCAGCCCAUGUGCGGGCAGAUUUGAAAUUUAUCACCUCCAGCUGCCUGGAUGAUGUGCUGAAUGCUGCGUUCGAUGGCGGAUUUCCAAGGAUAAGGAGCCAUGACCUCGUGAACAGCAAGCUGUGAACAUUCAUAGGAUGCAGUGGCCACCAACUGGGUCAUUAACUGCCAUUUUGCAAGCUACUUUUCUAAAUGUAGGUCAUCGUUCUGGUGUGAUCCCUCAGUAAUGGCUGCCGUUACUCAAGCUGCGUAGCAGUGAGUAUCCAGGAAGAGGUAAAUCCUUCUUGUAUGAAUGCUGGAAAGUAGGAAACAAGAAAGAGUGGCUGCUGUAGGAAUAUUCAGUCAAGCAUUUUUAGCAGCGAGUCUCAUGUGAGAUAUCAGAAGUAAUCAUUCUAACUUGAUUAGAGGCACAGGCUUCAGGUUUGCCCAUUAAAAAUGGAAAAGCUCUGUAAAACCUCACUUUUGAUGGAGAUGAUUUUGUUGACUUGUAAUAAAGUUCACAGAUACAUUGGUGCUUUGCUGCU